GAGUCGGGAACGAACGCAGCGUUAACCGGUCGCCUCACACGAUUAACACGCUCGCAGUUGACGUCGAAAUUAGCGCCACUGAUUAGUUACCGUAAAAAUGUCUCGAACUAACGACAAGCUAACCGGGGCUGCCUCGAAGCGAGCGUUCACCGAGAUGUCAGCUGCUGCAGCGAACCCUUCAAACCUAACCGCGAGAGGUGGCUAGUUUAUUCUUCAUUAACUAACGUUAGAUACGUUAGUCUCGCGGUGACGUUAACGAGGAGCUGAGCGUCGCAUAUGACACGUUAGCGACACACCGGGUAUGUUAAUGGAGACAACACGAGGCUACGGUUAAUGCUAAUUGUCACCGUUUAAAUAUGUACACGGUGCUGCACAACUGGUGUUCCGCUGACGUUAACUGGUUAGCUUUCUCGCCAGGUAACAGGGAGCUAGUUAGCCGUCUUCCGCAGGUUGGUUGAGACCGACGGUAAAAAAACAUCGAUCACCAGCCAGCGUGUCUGGCUGCAGGAGCAGCAGCAGGCGCGGUGAUGCUGGCUCGCGUAACAAACACAUCACGUGACCAAGGUGACGCUUGAAGCUCAUGACUAAACUGUCUCUCGGCUGUUUAAUUGCCGUCCCCGUUGUGACGUCAUGGCUCCAGCACUGAAUACUCGGCUUGGCUCCAGGUCUUGUGAUCCAGUCUUCAUUUGGGAGGGUCAUUUUGACGUCUUUAAAGCCACUGCAACACAUCCUUGCCUCACAACGACGACCACGUGAUGGUUGUGCAGGCUGUGGCUCGUGACGCUGUUUCAUUGCGUUUCCCUCGUGAAGCACCUUUCUGUUGGGGUGAACCCAACCCAACAGCACCUCAGCCCCUUCCCCGCUACAUGAACUCAACCUUUAUGAUAUAUUACUCUGUGAAAGUAGGAUUCAUGGCAGGGAGUUUGUUUCUCAGGAGACGUGACAUCUGAGGCUUGUUACGUAGACAUGACCAGCAGCAACUCGUAGUUUAACCACACCGACACAUGUUUGAUCUCUUUGUUGUCUUCUUUAACACUUACUCCCUCGACUACUCCAAGUGUUUUGGCUAUUUUAUUUGUUGAUAAAUGCCUUUUAUUCUAUGUUGGUAGCUUGACAGCCUUGUCCUGCCGGUCGUUUCAGUCCGACAGGCCGCUGGCUCGCCGAGCUAUCUUUGACCACAGGUGCCUCAUGUCCGUGGAUCCAUAUCACUACCAGGGAGUAACUCUUACUGAACCACCCGAUGUGGGAAACUCCCAACUCUUCCUUUCAGGUCCACCGGUGCCUCUGACUUGCACCACAGGUUACUUGAAUACAAAAAAGAGAAUAUUACAAUUUUCUUUUCUGCACUAUGUGCUGAAUUUCGUAAUGCAGCUCAAUAAGAUGUGAUCCCAGUGUCUCAUAAGUGUUGCAGAGUGUCUCGCUUGUUCAGACGCACUGCUCAGAGUGCGAGCGCUCGCUCAAUGGAAGUGUCAUGUUCAUGUGACAGAGUUCAGAGUCCCAAAGAUAGGCGCUGGGAUACCAAGUCCAGGAAGCAGCACAGUGGCAAGUCUCUCUUGUUUUGUUUCCAGAGACCCACUCGCACACCGCCCCACCAAACCUGGUGGUCACUAGACAGAUGGAGAAGUCGCAGGCUCAUGUCAUUCAGGACAAUCCGUGAUGGACUCCAGGUCUCGCAGACUUCCUUUUUGUCUGCCCAGCUCCAGGCCGUCCUACACCUCCAGUCCCACAGUCUCCUCGCCGUCACUUGGAUGCAGCCGGUUGUACAGCAGGGACACUGUGCUGAACAAUGACCGCUUCCCGAGAACUUCGUCUGCUUACAAGGCCGACCUGGACCGCCAGAGUUCUCGCCUCCUCAGCUCGACCAGAGACUACGGCAGCGCCGCCAGUCGCUCCGCCAGCUGGAAGUUGCCCUCGUCUCUGACAUCCUCCAGCAGAUCUUCUGAUCGCCCGCGGGCCGAACCCUCCCUCGGCAGCGGGAGCAAACUGACUGAUCCUGAGGGGAGGUUGGGGAUGCGCUCCGGCCUCUUGAACGUCACUGAUGAUGGCGAUACUAAAAGGGCCAAACUGUCGUACAACAACCGACUGUACUCGAGAACAGCCGGCAGCUCCGUGACAGGAUCCACCUACUCCAGUGCCGGGCUUAGCAGAGUUGAAAAGCCGAAGGAUGCGUGCGAUUCGCCGUGGAGCUCAUGCCGCUUCCUGUCGCGGUCGGCGGCGUCGUCGUCGUCUUCCUCCUCAAAUCCGCUGUUGUCCAGGAGAGAGCUGGACACGAGGAACAAGCCCAGUCUGUCCGAUUUGGGAGAAAGAAGGGGCCGGACUCCUGGAUCGUCUUCCUCAUUGUAUCAGACGGACAGGGUGACCUCUACAUACGCACAGGGAGCUCGUCCGAAAGAGACCGCCUACUAUCCCUCCUUUUCUUCCUCGUACUCCUCCUCCUCCUCUGCUGCCAGAGAGAGCACCCUGAAUCGCCAUCUCUCAUCUUCCACCUCCUACCGCUCUCCCCCUUUGGUGCGCGACUUCAGAACCCCGUCCCGCUUCCCGAGCGGCUCGUCCGCCCUCCACUCAUCUGGGGACCAACCGAGGAGCCCAGAGUCCUCCUGGAGCAUCUCCUCCCCUUACUCCUCGCACACCUCCAGGUACGCCGCUCCGCCGCCCCGGCCGGAGAGCGCCCUCCCCCCGAGGCCGGUCCCCGAGGGCGGCGAGCACGAGGGCCGCAGCUCCACUCGGCGCCUUCUGUCCCGUCUCUUCUCCCGGCGCUCCAGCCAAGACUCCUCCAGUGGGUCCUCCAGUGUCCGCUCCCUGGAUGACGACAGCCCGUCCACGGGCGGAGAGUCCGUGGACGGCGACGAGGGGGCCAGGGUGUCGAGUGUGGAGGCCGACGCCAGAGGGUCGGCGGCCGCCCUGGGUAGCCUCAGGAGUCGUAGGGCGGACCUCGCCCCAAUCCAGGAGAACAACAAUGGCUAUCGUCGCGGCCUGGCUCAGACAAGGACGCCGUCGUGGAGAGAGCCUGGCGUUGGCAGCAGCCAUAGCAGCAGCGGAGGAGGAAGAGGAGGAAGAGGAGGAGGAGACGCAGUAGGAGGUGGCGGCGGCAGCAGCUACUCCUGGCUUUCUUCCUCCCUGCGUGGCCGCUGCCCCCCCCUCCUCUCUCGCCUCAGAAGACAUCGGGACGAGAGUGCGCACUCUGCUGCCAGUGCAGAAGAAGGUCACGGCCGCCCGCGGCAUUCACUCAGAAGGUGGGAUGACCUCGAGCAUAAAGCUACGCAGGAAGAUGACGACGAAGAUGAGGAGGAGGAAGACGACGACGAAGGAGCGGUUGGUCGCCCCUGCCGGCUCGAGGAUGAGACGCUACCUGAAGAGGCCUCGGUUGCGUUCUCACCGCGCCGCAGAGUCGGAGUGGAAGACAACAUUGGCGGUUCUGUGGCGCCGUUGGCUGAGAGCCAGCUGGAGAAACCCGGCACGGAUCAGGAGAAGCUGCGCAUGAUCAAGGAGAGGCUGCUGCUGGAGGACUCUGACGAGGACGAAGGCGACCUGUGCCGAAUCUGCCAGAUGGGGCAGGACUCAGCUUCCAACCCGCUGAUCCAGCCGUGCCGCUGCGCCGGCAGCCUGCUGCACGUCCACCAGGACUGCAUCAAGAGGUGGCUGCGCUCCAAGAUCGGCUCAGGCACCAACCUGGAGGCCAUCACCACAUGUGAACUCUGCAAGGAGAAACUACAUCUGAACAUCGACAACUUUGACAUUCAGGAGUUAUACAGGACCCAUGUGCAAUCCGAAUAUGACGAGUUCAUCAGCAGCGGCCUUUAUCUGGUGGUGCUGCUGCAUUUCUGUGAGCAGAGGUUCUCUGAUGUCUUGGGAGCAGUCGAUGCUGCUGGGUUAUUCAACCUGGUGAGAAUUCUUCAUGAACACAUGGACAAUCUUGAAAUUCCCCACGGCGAAAGUGACGAGGAGAUGCGAGACAACAGACCGUCUAUUGAGUUCUCUGACCUGGACGACGAUCUCGAAGAGGAGUACUAAUUAUGUGAAAGUGGUGGAUUGAGGGUAAAAAGAGAAGUGGGCUUUGUUGCUUUUGCAGAUAUGCAACUUCUAAAUGAACGAGUGCAUGAUACAUAUUUUUGUUGACGCCACUGUAUUUCUGUGAGUGCACUUUAUUCAAUUAUACUUAAAUAAAAGAUGCAAGUCUUUUUCAACCAAAGGUGCUUUGUUUAAAAAGAAAAAAGGCAAGAAUUGAAAUGUCAAAGGACAACGGUGACAAGUUGGUACUUGUGAAGAUGAAAUGGAUGCCUUUGGGAGACUAUUAAACGUGUUGAUUAUUCCCUUUUUUAUUUAUCGUUUUCCUCCAUCUGUCACCACUGACGAUAUGUUGAAAGAAAAGACGAGAACUUCACCCAAUCAAACAAAUGUCUCUGUUUCAGUGUUUGAAAUGCUUUAUGUAUGUACAAAUCUAGUUUAAUGCAUUUUGGAAAUAAAGAUUGAAUGCAAACUGCC